GCCCAGCCCGAAUCCCCGCAGCAUCCGCGGCCGCGUUUGCCCCCUAGCGCCGGCAGCCGCCCCGCACAGCACCGCGCUGCGGGAAGGGCCGGGACUGAGAGCUGCGGGAAGGGCCGGGGCUGGGGCUGAACCCACAGACACCGCUGUUCGAAUGUGCCUCAGUUUACCCGGACAGACAAAGGGAACCGCCGCCUUCCAGCGCUGUCUCUGGGCAGACACGGGGUUUCUGCGGUGCUUCGGGCACGUUGCUAAACGAGAGGGAAGGUUUAGUGCUGUGGCCUGCAGCCCCCAGCAGCAGUAGGUGAUGCUGGUACCCAACACAUGGACUGCCUCCACGAGCAGUUUGGAGGCUGCUUGACCCCUCUCCUGCACCAGAAGUGCUCCUAUGCUUGGUAUGAGUAUUUCACGCAGCUCCAAAGAUACGUAGUCGCAUCGCUCUGUAAAAACCCAGUGAGAUCCUGCUGGAAACGUGGAUGUGGGGUGACGGUGCAGAGCCCGUUGCCGUGGGGUGUUUCACACUCCCCUCUGGUUUAGGGCUGCUCCAUCUCCCCCUGUCCUCAUCCCCUGGGCUGCGGAGGGAGCACCUCGAUGCUGGGUGUGACGGCAGUGCGGAGCCAGCUGGGAGAGGAACAGCUCGUUAGGCUGAAGGUGCUAAUCGGCAGCUAAUUGCUUGAAAAGGGCGAGGCUGGCGUAAGGGGAGUGCUUUAGUGCUGCGUGGAGCUGUGCUGCCCUGGAGGGCUCAGUGACACCUUCAACAUCGACACCAAGAGGCCCAAAAUCAUCGCUGGCUCUAAGGAUGCCUAUUUUGGCUACACAGUGCAGCAGCACGACAUUGGGGGCAAGAAAUGGCUGGUGGUGGGGGCCCCCUACGAGACCAACGGACAGCAGAAGACAGGAGAUGUCUACAAGUGCCCGGUGACCAGCGAUACUCACAGCAACUGCACCAAGCUCAACCUAGGAAGAGUCACUCUGUCCAAUGUGUCUGAGCGCAAGGACAACAUGCGCCUGGGGCUGAGCCUGGCCACCAACCCCAAGGACAGCAGCUUCCUGGCCUGCAGCCCUCUCUGGUCCCAUGAGUGUGGCAGCUCCUACUACACCACCGGGAUGUGCUCCCGUGUCAACGCUAACUUCCGAUUCGCCAAGACGGUGGCCCCAGCCUUGCAAAGAUGCCAGACAUACAUGGACAUAAUCAUCGUUCUGGACGGAUCAAACAGCAUAUAUCCCUGGGUUGAAGUUCAGCACUUCCUGAUCAACAUCUUGAAAAAAUUUUACAUCGGGCCUGGCCAGAUCCAAGUCGGAGUUGUUCAGUAUGGAGAAGACGUGGUCCACGAGUUCCAUUUAAAUGACUACAGGUCUGUAAAAGACGUGGUAGCGGCUGCCAGCCACAUAGAGCAAAGAGGAGGGACAGAGACCAGGACUGCCUACGGGAUAGAGUUUGCUCGCUCGGAAGCGUUUCAGAAAGGUGGCCGGAAAGGGGCAAAGAGAGUAAUGAUUGUAAUCACAGAUGGAGAGUCGCACGACAGCCCAGACCUGGAGAAGGUGAUUGAGGACAGCGAGAAGGACAACGUCACCAGAUACGCGGUGGCGGUGUUGGGUUAUUAUAACAGAAGAGGAAUCAAUCCCGAAGCCUUUCUGAAUGAAAUUAAGUUCAUAGCGAGCGACCCUGAUGACAAACACUUCUUCAACGUCACGGAUGAAGCGGCGCUCAAAGACAUCGUGGACGCCUUGGGGGAAAGGAUUUUCAGCCUGGAAGGAACCAACAAGAAUGAAAUUUCCUUUGGAUUGGAGAUGUCUCAGACUGGAUUCUCAUCACACAUUGUGGAGGAUGGGAUCCUGCUGGGUGCUGUGGGUGCCUACGACUGGAAUGGGGCUGUGCUGAAGGAGACCAGCAGUGGGAAGGUGAUCCCACUGCGUGAGUCCUACCUGCAGGAGUUCCCCGAGGAGCUGAAGAACCACGGCGCGUACCUCGGUUACACCGUCUCGUCUGUUGUGUCCACUGCACGCGAGCGGCUCUACGUCGCGGGAGCACCCAGGUUCAACCACACUGGGAAGGUCAUCAUCUUCACCAUGCACAGCAACCGCAACCUGACCAUCCACCAGGCGCUGAAAGGAGAGCAGAUUGGUUCCUACUAUGGAAGUGAGAUCAACUCCCUGGACGUGAAUGGCGAUGGUGUCACAGACGUUCUGCUGGUGGGAGCCCCCAUGUACUUCAGUGAGGGCAGGGAGAGGGGCAAAGUCUACGUCUACACCCUGCAAGAGAACCACUUUGUCUCCAGCGGGGCCCUCGAGGACCUGCAAAGCUACCAGAACUCACGCUUUGGCUCCUGCAUUGCUGCUGUGCCUGACCUCAACCAGGACUCCUACAAUGAUGUUGUCAUCGGGGCACCUUUGGAAGAUGACCACCAAGGAGCUAUCUACGUCUUCCUUGGCUUUGAGGAGACCAUCCUAAAGAAGUACAAGCAGCGGAUAGCAGCUGCAGACCUCGGACCAGGCCUGAUGUAUUUUGGAUGCAGCGUCCAUGGACAGCUGGACCUGAAUGAGGAUGGGCUCAUAGACUUGGCUGUCGGCUCCCUGGGGAACGCUGUGGUGCUAUGGUCCCGCAGCGUUGUCCAGAUCAAUGCCAGUAUCCGCUUCGAGCCCCCCAAGAUUAACAUCUUCACCAAGGACUGUAAGCGCAAUGGGAAGGAUGCCACCUGCAUGACAGCCUUCGUCUGCUUCACUGCCAUCUUCCUCUCAGCCCACUUCCAGACAGCCAGUGUGGCACUGCGGUACGAGGCGGCCAUCGACGAGCGGCGGUACGCACCGCGGGCACUGCUGGAUGAGAGUGGUGAGCGGCAUGCACAGCAAGCACUGGUGCUGCCAGCAGGGCAGGAGCACUGCGAGACACUGCGCUUCCAUGUGCUGGACACAGCUGACUAUGUGAAACCGGUGACUUUCUCCAUUGACUACGAGCUGGAGCACCCCGAGAGCGGCCCCGUGCUGGACGAUGGCUGGCCCACCUCACUCCGGGUCUCAGUCCCUUUCUGGAACGGGUGCAACGAGGAUGAGCACUGUGUCCCUGACCUGGUCCUGGAUGCCCGAAGCGAUGUGCCCAGUGCCAUGGAGUUCUGCAGCAGAGCCCUGCGCCGUGCAGCGCCCGCCUGCUCUGCCUUCAGCCUCUCCUUUGAUGCUUCCGUCUUCAUCAUUGAGAGCACCCGCAGGAGGGUGGCUGUGGAGGCACUGCUGGAGAACCGUGGUGAGAAUGCCUACAGCACUGUGCUCAACAUCUCCUUCUCCAGGAACCUGCAGUUUGCCAGCCUCAUCCCCAAGGAUGACACAGACAUCAAUAUCGACUGUGCGACUGAAGAGAAGCACCCCAACAAGAGGGUCUGCAAUGUGAGCUACCCCUUCUUCCGUGCCAAAGCCAAGGUGGCAUUUCGCCUGGAUUUUGAGUUCAGCAAGUCAGUUUUCCUGCAAAGCAUGGAGAUCUACCUGGUUGCCAACAGUGACAGUGAGGAGAAGGAGAGCACCAAGGACGACAACGUCGCCCACCUCAACUUCCAGCUGAAGUACGAGGCCGACCUGCUGUUCACCAGGGCAUCCAGCCUCGACUACUAUGAGAUCAGAUCCAACAGCUCCCUGGAGAGGUACAACAGCAUCGGUCCCCCCUUCCACUGCAUCUUCAAGCUGCAGAACCUGGGCUUCUUCCCCGUGGAGGGAGUGACCAUCAAACUCACCGUCCCUGUGGCCACCAGGGCUGGCAACCGCCUCCUGCUCCUCACCGAGCUCCUGGUGGACCAGGAGAACACAACCUGCAACAUCUGGGGGAACACCACCGACUACCGCCACACACCGACUGAGGAGGACCUGUCCCGUACCCCCCUCCUGAACCACAGCAACUCCGACAUCAUUUCCAUUGACUGCAAUGUGAAAUUGGCCCCCAAUGAGGAGAUGAACCUCCACCUGCAUGGCAAUCUGUGGAUGAAGUCACUGAAAGCACUGAGGUUCAAGUCACUGAAGCUGACCACCAAUGCUGCCCUCCAGCGACACUUUGGGAGCCCCUUUGUCUUCCGUGAGGAGGACCCCAGCCGUCAGAUAACAUUUGAAAUCUCCAAGCCAGAGGAGUCGCAGAUCCCCAUCUGGAUCAUCCUGGGCAGCACGCUGGGGGGGCUCCUGCUACUGGCACUGCUGGUGCUCGUGCUCUGGAAGCUCGGCUUUUUUCAGAGCGGCAGCCGCCGGCGGGAGGCGGAGGAGCAGCGGAGCGCAGCGGUGCUGGAGUGAUGCUGGCGGGGGGGGGGCGCCUCUCGCUGCCUCCUGGGCGCACUGCCCACCGCCCCUCUCGGUGCUGGGAGAGCCCGGGGGUGCAUCGGGACGAGGGUGCGCGCUGUGGGGGGGGUGUGAAAUCGCCUCGACAGCUCCAAAACCCAAAAGAAAACACGAAGAUAGGUGGCCAAAGAAGAAGCCGUACACCCACCCCCCCGUUCGGUGGCUUUAUGCCAUGGGAGCACAGCGAGAGGAACUUAAGACUGCUUCGGGGACAGCAGCACCAAUGCGACAAGCAGGAGCGAACCCAGCACCCAACGUGGGGCUGCAGCACCUCCAUGGGCACCACCUCUACCGCAUUCAUUACUUCUCAGAUACGUAUACCUUCUACUUUCCAUCACGGAGCUGUGCCAAACCCCAGGGCCCACCUGUCCCCCUCUCCCCCCAGAAAGGGGGCAAAAGGACCAAAGUUUGGCUCCGUCCGCCGGGCAGCGCUGGGGUGGGCACAGGGUUGGAGUCGCCUCCUCCUUCAUGCACUGAACACAGACAGCCGCAGAGUGAAGCACCUUAGGGCAGAAGGGGGGCUGGCAGUGCUCAGCACCCAGCAGAGGGUCGGUGCUGUCCGACAACGCUCUUCCUUUACAGCGUAGCAGGAUAAUUUAUGCUGAUGUUAAUGGUAAGGGACGGGAAGGAAGCUACGUCCGCCCAACGUGUAAUGGCGGUUGGUAAAGAAGUUUUUGGGGUGGGUUUUUGUUUUUGGUUUCGUUCGGUUUUUAAAGGAUUAAAAAUAUGGUAUGUGAAAACCGAA